AUGGUGUUUGGAUCAUUUCUAAGUUUGACGUCCGCAUUGUCGUUAUGCUUAAAUGGGACUGAUUGUAACAAUGGUUCUAUUGUUGCUCAACCUCCUCCGGUUAUCGAAUAUGGUCAUCAGAAUCAGACGUUGAUGGUCGGCUCAUCAGCCACGUUACCAUGCCAGGCAAGUGGUCGAACACCGCCGAGGAUCUCAUGGCUACUUGACGGAAAUCCGGUCGAUACCAGCAAGGAUAAUCGCUACAGUCAGCAUUCGAGUGGCAGUCUGCAUAUUGCGGAUCUCAAAAAAUCUGAUACGGGUGUUUACACAUGUCGAGCAAAGAACGAUGAUGGAGAAUCGACCUGGACAGCUUCGUUAACCGUUGAAGAUCACAAUACGAAAUCGGUUUUCUCUCGAAUGCCAGACCGAUCAAACUUCCCAUCGGCGCCAUCACAACCUAUCGCCAGCAACGUUUCAGACAGUGAGGUGGAUUUGGAAUGGCGAGCCCCGGAACGAAACGGAGGUAGCCCAGUUACCGGCUAUAUUAUCCAGUUUUUCAGUCCAGAUGUGGGAGAGACUUGGCUCAACGUUCCGGACUACGUUUCGGGCCCACGAUAUCGUAUCAAGAAUUUGAGACCAUCACAGACCUAUGUGUUCGUCGUUCGAGCGGAAAACGAAAAAGGCAUUGGACCUCCAAGCCCAAUUUCGUCGGUUGUGAACACGUUGACAAGAAAUGCUCAUUUGUCAGCUGACGAUUUGGAGAAUCUGGAUCUGGAACAAGCAACAAGGCGAAUCACCUCAGAGCAGCUUAUCAAGCUCGAAGAAGUGAAAACCAUUAAUUCGACAGCGGUUCGAUUAUUCUGGAAGCGCAAAAAGAUCGAAGACAUGGUUGAGGGGUAUUACAUCAAAUGGCGCGGUCCACCGAGGAGUAAUAUAAACCAAUGGGUGAAUGUUAGUGGUGCACAUGUGGAAUCGUACGUGGUGAACGGCUUAAUGCCUUUCACUAACUACGAGUUUUUCGUCAUUCCUUAUCACAAAUCAAUUCAAGCACCAUCAUUACCGCCAUCGGACGUACAUAUCCGAAUGUUGAAUUUAACUACUCUUCGUAUCGGGUGGAGAGCACCACCGGCUGAUGGUAUGAUGCAUUUCAAGAAAUUUGUCUAUGCCGCGGGCGAGGGCGGGGAGGAGGAAGGAGGACGGUGGUACAUCUCACUGUUUGAACGAGAAAUGCCCUCAUUUUGCCCAUUCCGUGCAUUUUUCAUGAAAAAUCAGGAAACCCUUGACAAGCAUCUGAGUCUGCACAGUGAACAAGAAUCGUUUUUGUACUCAUUAUCGCGUCAAUCAUGGUUCGCUCUACUUGUGAUGUUGCUCGUAUGCGUAUUUUUGAUUCUGGUCGCAAUAUUUGUGUUCUGGUACUAUAAAAACAGCAAAAACGCCAAGCGUAUCGAAGAACCUGAAUGGAUACAGUUUCAGGAUCGAACAUUUAUUAAAAUUAAUGAUGGAUCCGUUCACAUGACUCAGAAUGGGAUAUGGGAUCAUAACCCGUAUAAUACGACUGGAAGAAUGACGCUGAAUAAUCGGUGCCCAGCUGCUCAUCCGCCUUACUCAGUGACACCAAAUCACCAAGAUUUCUUCCAUGCUCCUUGUGAUGACUACAUGGCUGGGACAAUGAAUCGACCUGGUUCUGAACAUCACUAUCAUUAUGCGCAAUUAGCUGGAGGACCAGGAAAUACGCUCAGUACUUUCUACGGAAAUCAGUACCAAGACGAUCCUUCACCAUAUGCUACGACAACGUUGGUCAUGUCAAAUCAACAACCGUCAUGGCUCAAUGAUCGUAUGCUAAGAGGUCCGGUACUUCCAAGUAAUCCGGUCCCGAAUGGUCCGCCAGCCAGAUAUGCUGACCACACGGGUCGCCGUUCCCGAGGCAGUCGAGCGUCUGAACAUCGUCAAGCAAGCCAUCAUUCAGAUAGUCCGCCUCACACCGACGUUAGCUAUGUUCAGUUCCAAUCUUCUGAUGGAACUGGCGAGAGCUCAAAUGGUCGAUCGAAGCCGGGCACUAUGGCUGGCCGUCGAAGUCCUCCCAAGCACACUCUUAUGGACUUCAUACCUCCACCUCCAUCUAAUCCCCCACCGCCAGCCGAUAUAGGCUAUGAGGGUUCUCCACGACGGCAUUUGCCACGAAUGUUGAACAUGGAAGACCCUUAUGAUUCCGUUUCCGAUGGAAUGGCGUUUGGAGAUGAGAUGAAAGUUAGGCCAACAAGUAGGAACAGGACGACGGGUAUUCGUCCACAGAAAGGUAAUCGAGAUGACGAUAGCCAGCGUUCGUCUUUAAUGAUGGAUGAAGAAGGCGGAUCGUCAGAAGCCGACGGUGAGACGUCGGAUUGCGAGGCGCCUAAGCGGAAAACGGUUCCGCGAAUGGGUGUGUCUGCAAGCGCACUCUCGCAAAGUAGCUAUGACUCUGGUCGAUCAGCAUCACGGUUUAAGUCAAUGCAACGAGGCAAGCAGGAUCAUCUGUGA